AAAUAAAUGGGUUUAUGUCAAUGUGGUCAUUCCAACACUUCUCUCACCCUCACCAGACUGCGUAUUACGCAAACCCAAGGGCUUAUCUAGCAGCGAGAGUGUGCGUGUCUGAUCCUCUCACACUCCGCAGCCGGAGUCUGGCUGUUUGGGAUGGGGAAGGUUUCAAAUGCGGAAGUUUCCACCCAUAACGCUGCCACCCCGAAGAUGAGGCUUGCAAUGACAUUUGCGCUAGCAGCGCGUUAGGAGAAGUUACCAUUCCGCAGGGAAACUGUUGCUAUACCUCCGCGGAACUGGAGUAAACUUCACAUGGCGUCUCUGGCGAGCGCAGAGCGACGUGCAUUCGCUCUGAAGAUCAACAGACACUCGUCUGCUGAGAUCAGGAGACACUUUGGUGGGACGUAUGGCUCCCCUCAGGUCUCCAUGCAACACAGUCAUCAUGGCUCCAACGCAUCUGCCUCCAUGUGCUUCACCGCGCCCCAGUCGUAUGACGCGGUGGAGCCCUUGGACUUGGAGGAGUUUCUGAUGUCACAGCUGCAGGGCGGAGACUCCGCCCUCAUGCGGGAGCUCGGAGAUUUCCCUGACGAUGACCUGGAAGUAGAAUAUGUGGAGAAGGAGUGUCGGACCGUACGCCACUCUGUACCUGAUGAGGGGGUGGAGUUGGAUUCCCAUGUGAGGGACUGUGUUCAGAGUUACACCCAGCCCUGGCUGAUGGUCAGCAGGAGGUGCCAGGGAGAUGGCUGGAGUGCAUAUUCCGAGCGGGCAAGUCUACACAAAACUCUGCGGAAACAGACUUUUGAAUCCGACGUCCAGCCAGAGAAACAAGAGACACGGGUGAAGUCCCCCUCCCUGGCGGUACUGAGUGAUGACUCCGGCAGGACCCUGACCUCCUCUGACUUUGACCUCCGCUCUGGUCUGACCCCUGACCCCAGAGUGGACGGGCUACUGCGCUUCAGUAACCAUGAUGACCUGGACAGGUUCAACCUGGAAGCCCGGCAGGCGAACCGCCACGCAGACCUGUUCGCCUUGUACCCACCCACCGACGAGGAUGAUGCAGUGGAGAUCCGGCCUAUUCCCGACUGUCCCAAAGAGCACGUGGGAGACCGGAUCAUCAUCCGGUGCCAGGCCAUCAGGUUUGAGAUUGAUAUCGAACCACUGUUUGCUACCCUGGCUCUGUACGACCUGAGAGAGAAGAAAAAGAUAUCCGAGAACUUCUACUGUGAUCUGAACUCAGACCAGUUUAAAGGGUUCCUGAAACCCCACACGCCACAGACGGACCACUCCACCCUCUCCCGAGCAGCCAUMUUCUCCAUCACAUACCCCUCCCCAGAUAUCUACCUGGUCAUCAAGAUAGAGAAGGUGCUGCAGCAGGGGGAGAUCAGUGACUGUGCUGAACCAUACAUGGUUAUGAAGGAGAGUGACUCAGCGAAGGAAGGCGACCGUCUGAGUGAUGAGGACUUGUUCAAGUUCCUGGCAGACAUCAAGAAGUUCUCAUCCCUGCAGAGAAGAAUUAAAACCAUAUCAGGUAUGAUUAAACUGGAUGUGACCCCGGUCCAUGACAACCCGAUGGCAUGUCUCUCUGCUGAGCUGAUCCCAGUCAAGCCAGUGGCUGAGAAGAACCUGAGACCUAUCAAAGAGGUGUUGGAGUUCCCUUCCAGCGAGGUCUAUGUUCCACACAGCACUUACAGGAACCUGUUCUAUGUGUACCCCCAGCGGCUCAACUUUGUCAACAGGCUGACUUCAGCAAGGAACAUCACCAUUAAAAUACAGUUUAUGAGUGGAGAAGACCCGAGCUGUGUGCUGCCUGUCAUUUUCGGAAAAUCAAAUGGUCCAGAGUUUGUGCAAGAAGUAUACACCCCGGUCACGUACCAUAACAAGUCUCCAGACUUCUAUGAGGAGGUGAAGAUAGCUCUGCCUGCCAGGCUGACUGAGAGACACCACCUUUUGUUUACCUUCUACCAUAUCAGCUGUCAACAGAAGCAGACAGCCACCAGUGAGACAUUCAUAGGAUUCUCUUGGCUGCCUAUACUGAGUUGUGACAGAUUACAGACUGGUCAGUACUGCCUUCCCAUCGCYCUGGACAGACUGCCUGUCAACUACUCACUGCACUCACCUGAGAAAAUUCCCCCUCAGGUCCCUCCAGUCAAGUGGAUGGAGAGCCACAAAGGAGUGUUCAACCUGGAGAUACAGGCUGUGUCCUCUGUACACACACAGGAUAACCACUUGGAGCGUUUCUUCACGUUGUGCCACGCCCUGGAGGGCGGAGCGACGUUCCCACUCCGGGUUCGGGAAGAGAAGAUUCCGGAGAACAAGCUAGAGAACGAGCUGAAGCUGAGCAUCGUCUCCCUGCCCUCCUCCAGACUGGAACCUCUGGUCCUCUACCUCCACCUGGUCUUAGAUCAACUCUUCACCCUCAUCAUGCAGCCCAUGGUCAUCGCUGGACAGAUAGCCAACCUAGCCCAGAUAGCUUUUGAGUCGGUGGUGUCCAUCGUCAACAGUCUCCACAACAGCCAGGAGCUGGCCAGGGACCAGCAGGGUAGGAACGGUCUCCUAGCAACAUACCUGUACUGGGUGUUCCGCCUGGCCGACUCUCCCCGGGAUCUCCUCAACACAGGGCCAGAUGGGCUGUUACCUCCCACUGAGGGGCGCUACAGUACUAUGGGGCGGGCCUCAGCCACCACAGUAGGAGCCAUGCUACUGCAGUCUCGGCUCCGCAGCAGCAGCAACCCUGAUAUACCUGCUCCACACAGUGCAGAGGACACAGAGGUCAAAAACAUCCUGUCAGCUAAGGGCUACAACAACCCAGGCUGUCGCAUGUCCACCUAUGUGGAUUCGAGCAGCCACCCUCAGAGGUCUACAGGCGGGACCCGGCCCUCCAACAGAAAGCAAUUCCAUGAAGAGUUGGCUCUACAGAUGGUGGUCAGCACGGGAGUCUGCAGAGAGAACGCGUACAAAUACGCCUGGUUCUUCUUUGAACUGCUGGUGAAGAGCAUGGCCCAGCAUGUGUCUCAGCUGGAGAAGCAGGACGUCCCUCGCAGGAGCCGCUUCUCAGACCGCUUCAAAGACGACAUCACCACCAUCGUCUCUGUGGUCACCGCCGAGAUAGGGACCAUCCUGGUCAAACAGCAGAAGGAGUUGGAGCAGGCAGAGAAGGUCAACAUCAGCCUUGCUUUCUUCCUGUAUGACCUGCUGUCUCUCAUGGACCGAGGCUUCGUCUUCAUCCUGGUCAAAAACUACUGCAACCAGAUGUCGGCAAAGAGCAUUUCCAUGCCAACCAUGAUCGGUAUACGAUUGGAGUUCCUGCGUAUCCUGUGCAGUCAUGAGCACUACCUCAACCUCAGCCUUUACUUCAGUAGUUCCCGCCUCCGCACCCGCCUCCCCAUUUGCCCAUCCAUCUCCUCACAGGUCAGUUCUUCAUGUAGUUUCCAGGAGCAGAGGAUCCUGGGCCUGUUUGAUCUGUCCCAGGAGUUUAAACAGCAGCACUACCUUACUGGUCUACUGCACGAGCUCAGCGCUGCACUGGACAUGGAGUCAGAGGGGUCAGUAGACACACACAGGAAGGUCCAGAGGAAGGCCAUCAACGCCACCUACAGUCUGCUGUGUGCCCAUGACCUGGACCAGCGCUGUGCCCAGCCUGAGGUCAGGGCCAAGGUGGCCACUCUCUACCUCCCCCUGGUGGGCAUCAUCAUUGACUCCAUCAACUACCUGGACUUUACAGUGUCCGAGGCUCGCGGAGGGAAGAACAAGACAGGUGGCUCAGACGAGGACCCCGACAACGUCACGCCCAUCAAUCAGUCUAUUGCCAUGGCGAUCGCCGGCAACCCCUUCAACACCAUGGCGAGGAAUGCCCUGCCUUCCAUGGCGUCUGUGUCUGGUAAGGCGGUGGCCACCUUGUCAGCAGAGACCAGUCGUAACCUGCUGCUGUGUUUCCUGUGGGUGAUGAAGAACGCUGAGAGGAGUCUGAUCCAGCGCUGGACUGUCGACAUGCCCUCAGCACAGCUCAACAGACUGCUAGAACUACUCACCAUCUGCGUUUCCUGCUUUGAGUACAGGGGGAAGCAGAGCAGUGAUAAGGUGAGCACCCAGGCCUUACAGAAGUCCCAGCAGGCCAAGAUGCAGCUGGAGGACUCCCUACUGAGGGGCAUCGGAGCACGGGGGGAAAUGAUGCGCCGGGUUGGAGGAAGUGACCGCGCAGGUCAGAGAGAGAACCUACGCUGGAGGAAAGACCUGACGCAGUGGAGGCAGACCAACGACAGACAAGACAAAACGAAAGCAGAGCUGGACCAGGAGGCUCUAGUCAGUGGGAAUCUGGCUACUGAGUCCAACCUCAUUGUCCUGGACCUACUGGAGACCAUAGUACAGGCUGUUCCGUUGGCCGACUGUAAGGACAGUGUAGUGGGCGGAGUACUGAGGGUGUUGCUACACUGUCUCACCUGCAACCAGAGUACAACCUUCCUGUCUCACUGCUUCAGCACGCUUMGAGCGCUCAUCGUCAAGUUUGGUGACCUGUUGUUCGAAGAGGAAGCCGAGCAGUGUGCCGACCUGUGUCAGAAGGUUCUCCAGUACUGUAGCAGCCACGAGGACGGAAACAGAAGCCAGGCCUGCGCUACCCUAUACCUCAUCAUGAGAUGCAGCUUCAACUCGGCCAACAACUUCUCCCGGGUGAAGAUGCAGGUGACCAUGUCUCUAGCCUCUCUGGUGGGGAAGUCCGAGGACUUCCAUGAGGAGUACCUCCGCAGGUCCCUACGCACCAUUCUGGCCUAUGCCGAGGAGGACACCGAGAUGCAGAACACACCUCUCCCCUCGCAGGUUGAUGAGCUGCUGAGGAACCUGAACAGUAUCCUGUCAGACACGGUGAAGAUGAGAGAGUUCCAAGAAGACCCAGAGAUGCUCAUGGACCUCAUGUAUAGGAUAGCAAAGGGUUACCAGACGUCGCCUGACCUGAGGUUGACCUGGCUGCAGAACAUGGCGGAGAAACACAAGAACAGGAAGUGUUUUACGGAGUCGGCCAUGUGUCUGGUCCACGCUGCAGCCCUGGUGGCUGAGUACCUCAGCAUGCUGGAGGACCACAAAUACCUGCCUGUGGGCAGUGUCACCUUUCAGAACAUCUCUCCCAACGUCCUGGAGGAGUCGGCAGUGUCCGAUGACGUCCUGUCCCCAGACGAAGACGGAGUCUGUUCAGGGAGAUCCUUCACCACCGGUGGACUGGUGGUCUUACUGGAGCAGGCGGCAGAACUCUUCAGCCAGGGUGGUCUUUAUGAGGCGGUGAAUGAGGUCUACAAGAUCGUUAUGCCGGUCCUGGAGGCUCACAGAGAUUUCCGGGAGCUGGGCUCCGCUCACCACAAACUCCAGAGAGCCUUCGACAACAUCAUUCAGAAGGGCCAUAAGAGGAUGUUUGGGACAUAUUUCCGAGUGGGGUUUUAUGGGGCCAAGUUUGGAGACCUGGACGAACGAGAGUUUGUUUACAAGGAGCCAGGGAUCACCCACCUGCCAGAAAUAUCCCACAGACUGGAGAACUUCUACAGUCAGUGUUUUGGAGAUGCCCUGGAGAUGAUCAAAGACUCCAAAGACAUAGACCGGAGCAAACUGGACGCCAACAAGGCCUACAUCCAGAUCACCUACGUGGAGCCCUUCUUUGACGAUUAUGAGAUGAAAAACCGCCUGACCAACUUUGAGAAGAACUUCAACCUGCGUCGCUUCAUGUACACCACGCCCUUCACCAAGGCCGGGCGGCCGCGCGGCGAGCUCAGCGAGCAGUACAAGCGGAAGACCAUCCUCACCACCAUGCACGCCUUUCCCUACGUCAAGACGCGCAUCGACGUCAUCCAGAAAGAAGAGUUUGACCUGACUCCCAUUGAGGUGGCCAUCGAGGACAUGCAGAAGAAGACCAGGGAGCUAGCAGUAACCACACACAGGGAGCAGCCAGAUGCUAAGAUGCUCCAGAUGCUUCUACAGGGCUCUACAGCUGUGGGAGCCACCGUCAACCAGGGACCAUUGGAGGUGGCCCAGGUCUUUCUGAAUGAGAUCCCAGCAGACCCCAAGCUCUUCCGUCACCACAACAAACUGCGCCUGUGUUUCAAAGAGUUCAUAAUGAGGUGUGGUGAGGCUGUGGAGAAGAACAAGCACCUGAUCACGAUGGACCAGAAGGAGUACCAGCAGGAGCUGAAGAAGAACUACAACCGUCUGAGAGAGAACCUGCGGCCCAUGCUGGAGAGGAAGAUACCCGAGCUCUACAAACCCAUCAUCAAACCACGCUUGGAGAACAGAGAUUCCAUCAAACGGCUCAGUUUCCGCAGAGCACCGGAGGAAAACUCCUGAGAAGGACAGAUUUAUCUAUCUGAGAGAAUCUCCAGAGGCCGGAGAAGAAAGGAUGUUGUAAAAGUAGAAAAAGAGAAGGGAGCUAGCAGUCCUCAUUCACCAUGGAAGAGUAGUACACACAUGGUUACACAAUGGAGGACUUACAAUCAUGUCUGAAUCAACAUAACWUUGCAAUACAUUGUCAUUGCUUGUUUCUUCUUUUUUUACAAGAAGCAUAAUGAGCACAUAAUGAGCACAUGUGUGAGACCAUAAUGAGCACAUUACCUAGCAGGUAAUGUGCGUUAUUUAGAAAAUUUGGCAUUUACCUGUUUUUUCUCUCCAUAUUGCUAGUUCUCCUGAGUUCUAUGAUUACUGUGAGUCCUAACGAUGCUGCAAACUGCUGUGGGUUUGAGAAAGAAGGGUAAAAGUCCCACAUUAAGGUCCUUGCAGAGCCAGGGACUGUGUGUGUGCCCGUGCACCACAAUACAAUGGAACAUGUUUUCUUUUUGUAAGUGUCCUGAUAAGGAAUGCAUGAAAUCUGACUCAUACUAAAUGACUGACGAUAAAUCACUCUGAUCUCUGCAAAAGCCGUUCUGGACUUGCACUUGUAUGUGUGCAACUCUAUAGACUCACACUGUAAAAAUAGAACUCCCCAGUUAACUCGUAAUGCUAUAUUUGAUAUAUACUUAGUGUACAAAACAUGAAAAUUGAGUUGCACCCCAUUUUGCCCUCAGAACAUCCUGAGGGCAAAAUUCGUCGGGACAUGGCUAGAAGGUGUCGAAAGCCUUUCAUAGGGAUGCUGGCCCAUGUUGACCCCAAUGCUUCCCACAGUUGUCAAGUUGGCUGGAUGUCCUUUGGAUGGUGGAUCGUUCUUGAUACACACGGGAAACUGUUGAGCGUGGAAAAACCCUGCAGCGUUGCAGUUCUUGGCACGCUCAAAACGGGUGCGCCUGGUACCCACUACCAUAACCUGUUCAAAA